ACUUGCUCACCACUUGAAUACAAUACCAACAGGCAACAAGAGAAAUCCCCCCUGAAUAACAAUAACAAUGUCCAAGCAUACCUCCCUCUUCACCAUACUCCUCCUGUUCUUCACACUAUCCUCCGCCGCACGCCAUGAGCCGACCUUCGUCACCGACUCUGCUGUGAAAUUUCAGUACGAGGAAGUGGAAGCAGAGAAGAACAUGGAGGUCGUGGGCGGGAGUUGCGAAGGGGCAGCAGAUAAGGAUGAGUGCUUGAUGAGAAGAACCCUGGCUGCUCAUACCGAUUACAUCUAUACUCAGAAGAAGAAGCCCUGAAUCUCUCUCUAGCUUUAGCUUUCAUGUUUUUAUUUAUUUCUCAUCCUCCUUGUUCUUAGUUAUUACGAAUCACAAAUAAAUAUUAAAUAACCAAUCAAUUAUUAUAUGUGGUUAUAAAAAAUAAAAUAAAAUUGUAAGAUGCCCUUCUGAGUUGCAAGUUCCAA